CAUGAUAAGAAAAAUAAAUAUGGUUUUAAUAAGGGUACUACUUAGUUGAAGAGCAAGUAACGCGCAUGUUAAUCUCGUGGCGGCUAAGAAACCCACGGAUUACAUAGCUUUCCGGAGGAGAGGAGUAGUGGACUUUGAUGGGGACCGCUCGACGGAUGCAAGUGAAGUGGAGAAAUGGCUGGCAAAGGUCACGCGCACAUUAACCAAAAUGAGGGAAGAUGAUGAGGAUAGGGCACUACUGACGAUAUCCCUACUACAAGAUGCGACAUACAAUUGGUGGACCACCCAACCGGCCAGCCGAGUGGACCCACCAGCUAUCACCUGGCCAGAGCUGGUGCGGAUAUUUCGUGAUCAUUUUGUGCCCGAGGCCUACCGUCUCGGGAAGCAGAGGGAGUUGAUUUUGAUUAAGCAGAGGUGGAGAAAUGAAGGAAAAGACGGCAUUGCGGAGUACACUUCUCGGUUUGAGAAGCUACUGCCCUACGGAGGACGCCAAUUCCAAGGGGAGGCUGCCCAGCGUGCCCAUUAUUUAGAAAGUCUGAAGCCUACCCUCAAGAAGCAGUUGAGCAUGCUGAUAUGGAAUAACAGGGUGGAAAUCUAUAAGGCGGCCCUUCGAAUAGAAAGAGCUGAGACAACUUUGCAUGAGGAAGGGAUGUUGAAAGAUAGUAGCAAGAGGAAUGCGAGUAGCAUGCCUGAGGGAUCUGGUCAGUCUACUCAGUUGAGGAGGAGGCCGAGUGGCACCUUUAAUUUUGGGGGUACUUAGAGUCAGAGCGGCUCGGUUCAACCUAGUCAAACCUUCAGCUACAGGGUUCCCUGCAACCAGUGCGGGCGAAAUCACUCAAGGGAGUGUAGGCAGCCCCUCAGGGUCUGCUACUACUGCAACGAGCCAGGCCAUUUUGCUAGAGAGUGCCCUAGGAGAGGAGAGCAAGAGAGGGCACAGUCCGAACAAUCAGUCCGGGGUGGAGGAGUAAGAAUCCAAACCGGACAACAGUUUAGGAACCAGUCCAAUCGAUUUAACAACAACUUUGGGAGGCGUUUUAGUGGAGGCAACAACCCCCAUAGUGGUCGCGAGCAGGGAGAAGCAUCGGGAGCUAGUGUGCAACCUAGAGUGUUUGCUAUGGAAGGGCUGGAUGGCAGCCGUGGAGACGAUGGAAGGGAGGACGAAGCACGUUGAUGAGGUUAUGUGGCACAUGGGAGACUAGGAGAAAUAAGUAUAUGCUUUUGGC